AUGAAUGCAGAGAUAGUCAUUGAACCUUGUGCUGUAUGUGGUGAUAAGUCGACUGGUACACAUUAUGGUGUUAUAUCAUGUAAUGGUUGUAAGGGUUUUUUUAGGAGGACAAUUUUACGUAAUCAAACAUUUACAUGCCGUUUUAAUGAAAAUUGUACAAUAGAUAAAAAUUUUCGUUGUGCUUGCAGAUUCUGCCGUUUUAAAAAGUGCCUUGAUGUUGGUAUGAAAAGGGAGGCAAUUCAAUUUGAACGUGAUAUUAAUUCAAGUCCAAGUAUAAAAAGAAGUGAUAGUCUAGAUAACAUGGAUAAUUCUGGACCUAAUUCUAAUAAAAUGAAUGGUAGUGAAACUCCUUCUCCUAGUUUAAUUGGUAAUCCAGAUAGUUCAAUUGUAAAUAAUAUGCAAACUCCUAGGAAAAUAAAAAAUGAAGUUAUUGAUUUAUUAAUGGAAUUAGAAAUAAAAAAUAAUAAUGCUUUAUGUAUGCAUUAUAGAUCAAGUAUUAUCACUUCAAAUUUAAUAAAUAAUGGUAAUGGGAGUGCUGGUGCUCCUGUUGAUGUACUUCAAUGUACAACAGAGGAAUUAAAUGAAAUUUCAAGGACAACUCUUUUAGUAAUGGUUGACUGGGCUAAAAAUGUUAGUCCUUUUCCAGAGUUACCAAUGGAAGAUAAAAUUAUUCUACUGAAAAAUUAUGCACCACAACAUCUUAUAUUAAUGCCUGCUUUCCGUAAUCCUGACUCAACAAGAGUUUGUUUAUUUAAUAAUCCCUCAAUAUCUGAAGAAGAAAAUGAUGAGAUUGUUUGGCCUAUGAGGCAACUAAGAAUGAAGGAGGAGGAAUUUGUCUGUCUUAAAGCCUUAGCUUUUCUUCAUCCCGAAGCUAAAGGAUUAAAACAUGAAAAUCAAAAGAAGGUACGAGAAGCAAGGAAUAGUGUUUUAAAAGCAUUAUUUGCUUUUAUAAGUUCUCAAAAUCCUACUGAAGCACCAACAAGGUAUGGAAAUAUUUUAUUACUUGCUCCAGCAUUAAAAGCAUUGACACAACUUUUAAUUGAAAAUAUGACAUUAACUAAAUUUUUUGGUCUUGCUGAGGUUGAUUCAUUGUUAUCAGAAUUUAUCUUAGAUGAUUUAAAUGAUCAAUCAAAAACACCUGUGGCUUUACAACAACAUCUACAAAAACCUUAA